AUGUCUUCUCAAUCUGCUUCUGCUGCGGCUGCCAACCAGGCUCUCAUCGCUCUUGUCGCCCGGCUCGAUGACAUGGUUCAAGAUGUUCUCCGGUCGCAGUCUCAGGAUGAGAAAAUGGAGUUGAGCCACGAGAUUGCUCGUGAAGUGAAUGUCGCGAUUCGUUCAUAUGGGAGGGACGCUUCAUAUGUUCCCCCUGGCCUGCUGUCACUUGCAGCUGAGAUCUUUCGCGCUCAGAGGCGCACCUCACAAUUGGUGGUAGUACCGGAUUGGAACCAUCUUGGUAACAAUCAGGAUAUGUGCAUGAAGCAUCCAUUGUACAGUAAGACAUUGGGUCAUGCACCGCCUGCUUCACCUGCAGCUACUGGUAAGGAUAUUCCUCCUCAUGCAACCUGUACUCACACCUGUGACUGCACUAGCUCCUGCAUCUGCACCUGCACCUGCACCGGUACCUGCCCACCACCGGUACCUGCCCCACCACCGGUACCUGCCCCACCACCGGUACCUGUUCCAGUACCGGCACCGGCCUCUGCACCGACACCGGCACCACGCAUCAGCAUUCGCAUACCUAAAGAUGUGCCACCCGGUGGGACAGCAACAGCCGGGACAUCAACAAACCGGAAACGCCGGCUCAGCAGCCCCCCUUUGCCCCGUGUCAACCGGGCCCGGAAGCCUGCACCAAAGUCGAAGGCAAUUUUGUCUGACACUGACACUACCGACAAUGACAAGGCAAAGGCAAAGGGGAAGGGGAAGGGGAAGGAGAAGGGGAAAGGGAAGGCAAAGGCACCGGAAGAUCAUGGCGAUGAGGAUGGCGAGGGGAUCGAUGUGGAUGAUCUUCUGGACGUUGAGCCCCGGAAAUCAACUCGUCAGGCUGUCAUCGUUGUCAAAAAGAAGGGCAGUGCGUCGAAGGCAAGUCAGCGGGUUGUGAUUCAGGACGAUGAAGAGGAUGAAUUGGAGGAUGAGGAUGAUGAUACACAAGGCAGGCCAAAGGCAAGUUCAUUAUUUUACUUCACAUUUACCGGUCUAUCACUCAUCACGAUGCAGGCCACUGUCAGACCAGGGAAACGGCAAAAACUGUCCAUGCAGCCCAAGGGCAAGGCCACCAGCAAGGGCAAAGUGCCAGAACCAGUGUGUCUUCCGGUCAAUGCCAUGCUUCACCAUACUAAUUCUCCAUAG